AUGCUGGGCUUAACCGUGAUAUAUGUACCUCUGGAGAGUAGGGAGGAGUUUACCACGGAGGAGGCUAGCGCCGAUAAGGAGUUGGUGAAGAGGCUGGAGGGUGUGAUGGCCUAUUGGAACACCCAAAUCAAAACAGCCCUCUCUGACCAGGAACGAACAAGCCCGCAUGAGUUACUGUGCCUCGACGACGAAUAUGACUUCUGGACUUCUCGAUAUGACAAUCUCUGCGGUUUGAGUCAUCAGCUACAGAAAGAAACGGUGGAGCUUAUUAUCAACAUAUUGUUGGCUUCGCAGUCCACUUAUAUACGUCAGUUCCUGAUGUUAAAGGACGAGAUCGAGCACGGUAUAAUCGAAGCGAAAUCGAACAUUGAGUUCUUGAGCAUUCUGAAGGACACUCUCGCCAAGUUGAAGACUUGUACAACUCCUCCGAGCGUGGCUCAAUAUCUGCCAAAAAUGAUGCAUCUCUUCAGGACGAUUUGGCUGAAUUCCCCUUUCUACAAUACCCGCGAGAGGAUAAGCAAUCUCUUCACCGCUCUCAGCAACCAGAUUGUCGUCAUGUGCAAAGGAUUUAUCAAUUUGGCAGAUAUAUUUGCGGGAAAAACCAGAAAAAGUAUACAGAUUUUGUACGAGUGUAUCAAACUGUGUGAGGAUUAUAAGACACUUUAUUAUGAGAUCGCGAGCGCUCACAUCAAUCUCACGCAUCACUCCUGGGACUUAGACACGGAGAACAUAUUUCUUUACAUCAACGUUUUCCUCGGCAGGUGUCAAGAUAUGAUCGAGAUUUGUCAAGCAAUGAUUGAUUUUGCAAGAUUGGAUGAGACCACUCAAAUUUUAAGUCCUAAAUUCAGUGGUACAAAUGGCGAAGAGCACGAAAGAAUAUGCCAAAAGAUCGAAAGACUCUUUUAUGACGCUCUGAGUAAAAUCGAAGCAAUUUCAUACAAGAUUUUCUCUGUUCACGAAUCUACAUGGCACGAUGAUAUGACCAUAUUUCGUACUGAAAUGAAGGAUUUAGAGAUAAUCAUCGAAAACUUAAUAGCCAUAGUCUUUAUGAACAUUAAUAAUAUUCACGAAGGAAUAGAAAUAUGGAAGCUUUUAGCUGAAGAUAUUCAACGGACAAAGCAGGAGAUUCUGGAUGAGAAGGAAAUAUAUUCGUCGAUCGCUCCGUACUACGCCGGUAGAGCGUUGAAUCUUCGUUCGAAAGGUGACCGUCUAUUAUGGACACGAAAAAUGCUGCAGAAGGCCGAAUGGAUGCCCUAUUGCGCCAUGAGCGAAGAGAUCAAUCAUCAAGAAGAUAUCAUGAUCAAAUCCAUCGAGGACUCCACGAAGGAACUGUACGUAAAAUGGUUGUACGAUGUCGGCGAUAACCCGCCGCAACUCGAUCGCUGUCUGAUGCGGCGAAGUAGCAAGCCCGGCCUGCUGGAGUGUAACAUCGAUCCUAAUAUUCUGAAUCUCUGCCGUGAGUGUUUCUAUUGGAUCAGCUUCAGAUUCAGCAUACCCGUGAACAUACAACAGAUAUACGACAAGUGGGAUACGUUACGCUUUAUCUACGAAAGCGUCCUCGCUGUCACGUUGGCGUACAACAAGAUUAUUGAAGCAUUGUCGCUGACAGAACGUGCGCUGUUUCGCGAAUUAAUUCGGCAGCUCGACCGGAAGAUCAAUCCCGGCUUAACCAAGCUGACGUGGAACACGGAUUACGUAGACUCGUACAUCGAGAAUUGUUUCCACGAAACGGUCAAUCUCCAAAACUUCAUUGAUAUUUACAAGAACUCGAAUUCGGAAAUUGUAAGAAUCUGCGAGAACAUCUGCGAUGCUCCAAUGAUUAAGAUAAGGGUUAAUUACACGUACACAUUGUCUGCAUUGGAGAAGGAACUUUUGGACGUAAGAGACGAGACGUUCCAAGUUAUGACUCAAAGACUCAAUAUAGUAUUUUUGAAUGUCAUGGAGAUUUAUGAGGGCUUCAAGAAUGUAAUACAAGAGAAUCACACAGAAUGGAAAGAUUAUUUAAUGAAAAUCGAUACGGUAAUUGGGGAAGCCAUCAGAUUGUGUUUGAAGAAUUCUUUGACCAUCAUGUUCGAAGCUCUUCAUGGUACUGACACGACAGGACCCUCACCUCUUCUAUUAAUUCAAGCAGAUAUUAUCGAUAACAAAAUAAGCCUUAUACCGAACCUCCUGGAGAUAGCUACAGUCAUAGGAAACAUUUUGAAUAUUUUACUGGAGCCUUUGAAAGAUGUCUCGCGGCUAGUUAAGAAGUUUCAAAUGCUUCCAGAUAAGAAUUUACCCUUUUCGAAGUUAUAUAAAGUGGACGAAGAAUUGAUUGAACUCCAAGAAAGACUCAAUAAUGAAGUAAGUUACUGCUUUGUUCAAAUACAAAGUUAUAUGAAGAUCUGGGAACCUUUCAAAGAUGUGUGGGAAGUAAAUAAAGACUUAUACAUGCAAAGAUAUGAAAAGUUGAAACCAACAGCGGCAGUCUUCGAUGCGGACAUAAGUAAAUACCUCGAGGUGAUGAAUAACAUCCGACUACAGGAAACGAUGGCGACAGUGCAUUUUCUAGAUAUAAAUUUUGAUGGAUUGAAAGCCACUAUCAUCGAACAUUGUUCAAUCUGGCAACAGAAACUCACCGCACUUUUAUUACGCAUGACUGAUGCAAUGGUCGACCACGUUUAUCAUUACAUCGCUGAAAAUUCUACAAAAAUAACGAAGGAACCGACGGAUCUCAUCAGCAUGCAAUCCGCGCUGCAAUUGUUCGAGAGGCUCACCGCCGAGAUUCCGAAAGAGGAGGAAGAGUUCCCCAAGAUCCAGGAGCAAUGCCAAACUUUGGAAAAAUACGAAGUGGUUCUGACUUAUGAGUUUAAGAGAAAAUUAAAAGACAUCGACCGCUGCUGGACAGCUUACUUGGAGUUACUUGCCACGUGCGAAGUUACUUUGCUUGAAAAAAAGGAAGAAUUUAAACAAAUACUGCUGACUGAUUCGACGAGGUUUGAAGAAGAUGUAUCCUCCUUAAUACGCAAAUUUAAUGAUACAGGACCUUUCACAUCCGAAUGGAAUUCAAAUGACGCUUUAAAUUCGAUAACUGUCUUCUGGAAGGAAAUAUAUUCCUUGAGAGACAGGGAAAGUCUGUUAAAAUCACAGCUGACAAUUUUUGGCAUAAAUUACCCGGAUUCGCGAGAACUAGAGCAACUCGAUAAAGAUGUAGCAGUGAUCGAAUUGGUGUGGCAAUUGACGAACGAAUGGAACGACGCUUGGGAACGUUACAAAACCGGAAAUUUCUGGACGAUAGACUUGGAAGAGAUGGACACAACCGCUAAUAUCCUUCUACGGAAACUCACGAAACUCUAUAGGGAGCUCAAAGAAAAGAAUUGGGAGAUCGUCGAGAAUACCAGGUCGAAGGUCGAUAAAUUUCGACAUACAUUACCGCUAAUAACGAUACUGAAGAAUCCGGCGAUAAAACCGAGACAUUGGAAACGUAUUAAAGAUAUGAUCUCUCAAGAUUUCGAUGAGACGUCGGAGGAUUUUACUCUAGAUGCGAUUAUUAGAAUGCAAAUGCAUAAUUUUACGGAGGAGAUUAGCGAAAUUUCAAACACGGCUACGAUGGAGCUCGGCAUUGAAGUCGGACUCCAACAUAUUAAGGAAACUUGGGAAGUGAUGCCGAUUACAAUGAUCCCGUACAAAGACAAAGGAAUAUAUAAAUUGAAAGAUAUAGGCGACUUAAUUCAGACUUUGGAAGAUCAUCAGGUGCAACUUUCGUCUAUGAAGUCAACGAGGUUCGUAGAACCAUUUGCUCAGCAAGUUGAGUACUGGGAGCAGAGUCUGUCGACGAUCGGCGAAGUUUUGGAAAUGUUGUUGGUAGUACAGAGAGGAUAUAUGUAUCUUGACAAUGUAUUCACCACCGACGAUAUCAAGAAACAACUUCCAAAAGAGACGGACGAUUUUGAGAAAGUGACAAGCGAGUUGGCUGAGCUUACGUUAAGGAUGGCUUCCCACGGUUUGGCGUUGCCAGCCACUCAUAUACCACCUGGCUUGCUGGAAGUCCUGAACAAACUCAACGACAAGUUGGAGGCGUUGGAACUGGCGCUUGAGCAGUACCUGGAGACCAAGAGACGCGUAUUUCCAAGACUCUACUUCGUCUCGAACGACGAUACAUUGGAGAUCCUGGCCCAAUCUAAACGACCGGACCUCAUGCAGCCAAACAUCAGGAAACUCUUCGUGAACAUCAAGUCCUUGAAGUUCGGCAAGUCGAUGAUUGGGAAAUAUGUGGCUGAUGGUAUGUACUCAAAUGAAGGUGAGUACAUAGAGUUUAUUGAGCCAGUUUUCUUGGAGGGACAAGUCGAGUAUUGGCUACGUGAUCUCGAAACCGCGAUGAGAGCGACCCUGCGCGAAGUGUUGAAGCAGUGUCGGAUAGCGCUGCGAAAAAUGCUCACGAAACGCGACAGGUGGGUGAAAGAAUGGCCAGGCCAGCCGAGCAUUACGUCCACUCAAAUCCAAUGGACGAGCGACUGCACGCGCACCCUGCAGUACUGCAAGAUAAUGGACUCAAAGAAGCCGUUGCGAAAGCUGAAGAAGAAGCAGACCCAGGCGUUAGACAAAUACUCGGAAGUUAUACAAGGCAAUCUGAAUAGGUUGGAUCGAUUAAAACUCAAAGCCAUCGUCGUUAUCGAGAUACACGCGAGAGAUGUCAUCGAAAAGAUGUACAAAAUGAAUUGCAAAGAUGUGACUGAUUUCGAGUGGCAGUCGCAGCUAAGAUUUUAUUGGGAAAUGGAUAUCGAAGAUUGCAUUAUUCGACAAACAAACACUCAUUUCACAUACGGACACGAAUAUCUGGGUAACACCGAAAGACUUGUAAUAACUCCUCUGACAGAUCGAUGUUAUAUCACGUUGACAACUGCUCUUCAUUUGUAUCGCGGUGGUAGCCCAAAAGGACCUGCGGGUACCGGAAAAACUGAGACCGUAAAAGAUCUGGGAAAAGCGUUGGGUUUUAACGUAAUCGUGCAAAAUUGUUCAGAAGGGCUGGACUACAAAAGUAUGGGCAGAUUAUUUUCUGGACUGUCGCAAACCGGCGCCUGGGGAUGCUUCGAUGAAUUCAAUCGAAUUAACGUCGAAGUGUUAUCAGUAGUGGCGCAACAGAUUUUAUCGAUACUGACCGCUCUCGCCCAGAGACUUACGAGAUUCAUUCUCGACGGCAACACUAUAUCUCUAGUACACACCUGCGGCAUCUUCAUCACAAUGAAUCCUGGUUACGCUGGACGUACCGAGCUUCCAGACAAUUUAAAGUCUAUGUUUCGACCAAUCUCGAUGAUAGUGCCGGAUAGUUGCAUGAUUGCUGAAAUCAACCUAUACAGCGAAGGUUUUCGAGACAUACGCACGUUAGCCAGAAAAAUUUUUACUUUGUACUCAGUCGCCCAGCAGCAGCUUAGUAAGCAAUAUCAUUACGACUUCGGUUUGAGAGGUAUAGUAACGCUGACUCGAUAUGCUGGCAAAAAGAAACGACAGUAUUCCAAUUUGCUUGAUGAAGAGAUAAUUAUCCUCGCCAUGAAAGAUAUGAAUGUUGCCAAGCUUACCUCGGAUGACCUACCGCUAUUCCUCGAUAUCACUACAGAUCUUUUCCCCAACGUAGACGUACCGACCGUGGAUUACGAGGAAAUUAUCAGUUAUAUAACCAGCGAGGCAAUCAAGUUGAAGCUGCAGCCAAUUCCCAUGAUAGUGACGAAAGUUAUUGAGCUGUACGAAACGAAGGGUUCGCGUCACUCAACGAUGAUCGUCGGUGCGUCAAACACCGCAAAAACCAUAACAUGGAAGAUUUUACAGAAUACGAUGACGACAAUGAAGAGCGAUGGAAAGCCGGGCUUUAACACUGUUCACGUACAUCCCAUUAAUCCUAAGGUACUGAGUCUCAGUGAACUCUACGGCGAGUACAAUCUUUCCACCGGAGAAUGGCUCGACGGAGUGAUAUCGUCUAUCAUGCGGAAAACUUGUUCCGAGGAUACCCCCGACGAAAAAUGGAUCCUCUUUGACGGACCCGUGGACGCUGAUUGGAUUGAGAACAUGAACAGUGUCAUGGAUGACAACAAGAUAUUAACCCUGAUAAAUAACGAACGAAUCGUUAUGCCCAAUCAAGUCUCGCUGCUCUUCGAGGUGCAAGAUUUGGUUGCCGCCUCUCCCGCGUCGAUCUCCAGAGUGGGCAUGAUUUAUAAUGAUUACAAGAACCUCGGUUGGCGACCUUAUGUCGAUUCGUGGUUGCAAAAACAUAGUGCUAAAUCAGACUUCAUCCAUGAAAUGAAUCGGCUGUUCGAGAAUCACGUCAAUGUCACUCUAAGAUUUAAGCUACGGAAUUGCGAGGAAGUUGUGCCUGUCACCGAAUUAAAUGCCGUUCAGUCGCUUUGCAAACUUCUCGAAGUAUUUGCGACUCCGCAAAACGGUGUGGAAUUAGGCGAGGAUCUCUUCGUUUUCUCCAACAUAUGUAAAAUGUGGUUUUUCUUUUGUAUGAUAUGGUCACUGUGCGCCUCGGUCAAUGAGGACGGUCGCCAGAAAAUAGAUAAAUUCAUAAGAGAAACUGAAAAUUUCUUUCCAUUACGGGACACAGUCUACGAUUAUUAUAUAGAUGUACGUCUGCGGACUUUUGUUUUAUGGGAAGAAAAAUUACCGUCCAUGUGGAAAUUUCAAGCUGGCUUACCAUUCUACAAGAUAAUAGUACCCACCGUAGACACGAUACGAUACGAUUACAUCGUAAGUUCUCUUCUAUCGAAUGGUUUUCCGGUGCUCGUAGUGGGUCCAGUGGGUACAGGAAAAACGUCCACUAUUCACUCGAUACUUGAGCUUCUAGACGACACAAAAUACGCUGUUCUGCUUGUAAAUAUGUCGGCCCAAACUACAUCCGGUAACGUACAGAAUGUAAUAGAAAGCAGGAUGGAGAAACGAAAGAAAGGAGUUUAUGUUCCCACGAGCGGUAAAACUAUGAUUGUUUUCAUGGAUGAUUUUAAUAUGCCCAUGAAAGAAAAAUACGGAUCGCAACCACCGUUGGAAUUGAUUCGGCAGUGGAUCGAUUACAAAUUUUGGUACAACCGUCGAAAACAAACGAGAAAGUACAUUGAGAGGAUACAAUUAAUAACUGCCAUGGGACCACCUGGUGGAGGUCGCAAUGUCAUCACGAAUCGAUUAGUUACGAAAUUCAAUGUCAUUAACAUGACUUUUCCAAAUGAAAAGCAGAUUAUAAGAAUUUAUGGCACGAUAUUGAAGCAACAACUUUCUGAAUUUCACGCUGAAGUAAAAGCAAUAUCAAAUGAGAUAACGUCCGCUUCGAUCGAUCUAUACAAUCAAGUGAUCCAAAAGAUGCUUCCUACUCCAACAAAGAUGCAUUACUUAUUUAACUUGCGAGAUAUUUCGAAGAUCUUCCAGGGGUUGCUGCGCAGCCAUAAGGACUAUCAGUAUUCGAGACAGGCCUUCCUGCGAUUGUGGGUCCACGAGAGUUUCCGAGUUUUCUGCGAUCGGCUUAUUGACGAGAAGGACAGAGAGUGGUUCGUGACUCAGCUGAACGAUCAGCUCGGAAAGUACUUCGAGUUGACCUUCCAUAAUGUCUGUCCGGAAAAAAGAUGUCCGAUUUUCGGCAAUUUCAUGAAUGCCUGGGAUAUAUACGAAGACCUUCCUGAUAUUGGUUCUAUAAAGCGCUACGUGGAAGAACAGAUAGAUGAGUACAAUGUUACUCCUGGCGUAGUGCACCUCGAUCUCGUUCUGUUUCGCGAUGCGAUUGAACAUGUAUGUCGUAUUGUUCGUGUAAUAUCGCAGCCUCGCGGUAAUAUUCUUCUGAUUGGAAUCGGUGGUAGCGGCAGACAAUCACUUUCGCGUAUCGGCAGUUACAUGUGUGAGCUGUCCAUCUUUCAAAUUGCCGUUAAGGCGCAAUAUAGAAUACCGGAAUUUCGUGAGGAUCUCAAGAUUCUGUACUCAAUAACCGGGGUGGAGAACAAACCGACCAGUUUCCUCUUCAGUGAUACUCAAGUAGUCGAGGAGCAGUUUCUGGAAAUUGUCAACAAUAUGCUGAGUACUGGCGAAGUGGCUAAUCUCUACAAGAGCGAUGAAAUGGAGGACAUUAAAAAUAAACUAUCAAAGGAAAUAUCGAAGAAUGGGAAGACACCAACGACUGAGAUGGUAUAUUCCUUUCUGAUCGAGAGGGCGCGUGCCAAUAUGCAUUUGAUCCUGUGCAUGAGCCCGAUCGGCGAUGCCUUCAAGAACAGAUUACGGCAGUACCCUUCCCUGAUCAAUUGCACGACCAUCGAUUGGUUCUGGGAAUGGCCAAGAGAAGCUCUCCUCGAAGUUGGCAACAAGUUCCUCAUGAAUCUCAAUCUGACGCUCACUAUCACCGGCGAAAAUAAAGUGGAACCGCGACAAUCCGCGACGGCCAUUCCAUUGCCACCGUUGCAGGAUCGAAUGCGAGAUGGAAUUGCAGCAUCAUUCUCUUUGAUCCACGACACGGUGUCCCAGUUCUCUCGCAGAAUGGCCGCUGAAAUGAAGCGUUACAAUUACGUGACUCCCGUGAAUUUUAUCGAGCUGGUAGUCGGUUAUAAAGAGAUGUUAAAGAAAAAGAGACAAGAUUUAGCAGAUGAAGCGCACAAACUUCGCGGCGGCCUCUCGAAGAUCGACGAUACCCGGGUGAAAGUUAAAGAAAUGGCGGCAGAGCUCGAAGUCACUCAGCAGCAAGUUCAUAAAUCUACGAGAGAGUGCGAAGAAUUCCUCGUAACGAUAGCAAACCAAAGCCGUGACGCUGAUGAAACGCAAAAACAGAUCACCGCCAAAUCACUUUAUAUCGCCGAGGAGCAAAAAGAAUGUAAAAAGCUCGAGCAGCUUGCAAGGGCUGAUUUGGAGAUGGUCGAACCUGCCUUGAACGAGGCCAUCAAGGCGUUGGAAACUUUAAGCAAGAAAGAUUUAUCUGAAAUAAAAUCUUUUACGCAUCCGCCGCCGAAAGUCGAAAUGGUAAUGGAGGCAGUGAUGAUCCUAAAAAACUCGGAACCCACGUGGAUGGAAGCAAAGCGCCAACUUAGUGACGUGAACUUCAUUAAUACGCUUCGUGACUUCGACAAAGAUCAUAUAUCGGACAGAGUUCUACGAACAAUAGCCAAGUAUACGUCCAAUCCUGAAUUCGAUCCCAUAAAGGUCGGCCUGGUGUCUGUUGCAGCUAAGUCACUUUGCAUGUGGGUGAUAGCUAUGGAAAAUUACGGCAAGUUAUACAGAAUCGUAGCGCCAAAACGGGAAAAACUACAGAUCGCGUUGGAGUCGCUAAGACAGAAGGAAAUGGCCUUAAAGGAGGCAAUGCAACAGCUGCAGCACAUACGCGAGCAGCUCGAGAAAUUACGCCAAAUGUACGAUGCGAAGAUGAAAGAAAAGGAGAAUUUGAUUACGCUGGCUGAGCUAUUAAAGCUGAAAUUAGUGCGUGCCGGGAUGUUGGUGGACCGCUUGUCUGAUGAACGAAUUCUAUGGGAAAAUACUGUAGCGUCAUUAACCGAGUCUUUCGACUGGCUGCUUGGUGAUUGCUUGAUAUCUACCGGAUUUAUAUCUUACCUCGGUCCUUUUGUGUCUAAUUACAGACAGGAACUAAUAAGCAUUUGGUCAAAGGAGGUUUAUAACAGAGAAAUACCAACAUCGCCAAAUUUAGAUGUCAAAGAGUUCCUAGUUGAUCCGUCGACAAUCAGAGAAUGGAACAUUCAAGGAUUACCAUCCGAUGGAUUCAGCACAGAGAACGGCAUCAUAGUGACAAAGGGAACACGUUGGCCUCUCGUAAUCGAUCCACAAUGUCAGGCAAUGAAGUGGAUCAAAAAUAUGGAAGCGAAAAACUCACUGAAAGUAAUCGACUUUGGUCAAGAAAACUUUAUGAGAGUUCUGGAAAUAGCAAUUCAGUUUGGACACCCAGUAUUGCUCCAAAAUAUCACCGAGACCCUCGAUCCGGGUUUGAAUCCAAUUCUUCAAAAAGCUUUCAUUAAAUCAGAUAAUCAGCUAAUAAUCCGAUUUAACGACAAAAUGAUCACUUACAAUGAGAAAUUCCGGCUGUUUAUGACUACGAAACUCUCGAAUCCUCACUAUGCUCCAGAAAUUUCAACUAAAACGACAUUAUGCAACUUUGCCAUUAAGGAGCAAGGGCUCGAAGCGCAGCUCCUAGCAAUUGUAGUCAGGAAAGAGAAGCCACAACUCGAAGAACAGAAAGACAAUCUGGUUCUCACAAUCGCAUCCAAUAAAAAGACUCUCAAAGAACUAGAGGAUAAAAUACUUCAUUUGCUGAGCGUAGCAGGAGAAACUCUUCUAGAUGACUUAGAUUUGUUGAAUACCCUCGAAACAUCAAAGGAAAUGUCUAUCUCUAUCCAAGAAUCUCUGACUGGUGCUGAAAAGACAGAAAAAGAGAUAGAUCUAGUGAGAGAAGAAUAUCAAUCGUGCUCGAAGCGUGCUUCGAUUCUUUUUUUCAUCUUAAACGACAUGAACAUUAUCGAUCCCAUGUAUCAGUUCUCUCUCGAUGCGUACAACACGCUGUUUAUGCUUUCCAUUGACAAAAGCCCCCAAAAAAUAGACUUGUCCGAGAGAAUCAAUAGCUUAAAUGAUUAUCAUACAUAUGCAGUCUACAGGAACACGUGCCGAGGUCUGUUCGAGCAGCACAAACUACUCUUCUCUUUUCACAUGUGUGUCAAGAUAUUGGAUGCGCAAGGUAAGAUCAUCCCAGGAGAAUACGCGUUCCUGCUCCGUGGCGGAAUCGUACUGGACCAAGAAAAUCAGCCGGACAAACCCGUGCCGUGGCUGCCGGAUGAAACUUGGGACAACCUCACGGAACUCGACAAGCUGCCUGGAUUUCGCGGAGUCGUUACUUCUUUCGAGCAGUUCCCGCGAGAUUGGCACAAUUGGUACAUUAGCACAGAGCCGGAAGCUACACCGCUGGUCGGCGAAUGGGAGGAAUGGUGCACCGAAUUUCAGAAAAUGUUAUUCAUCCGCAGCUGUCGACCUGACAGAAUAUCUUUCUGUAUCAUGACCUAUAUCGUGCGCAAUCUCGGUCAGAAUUUCAUAGAACCUCCUAUACUUGAUCUAAAAGCAGCAUUAGAUGAUUCUGUAGCGUGGACACCAUUGAUAUUCGUUCUUUCGCCCGGGGUGAAUCCUACCGGUGUACUCAUGCAGUUAGCAGACAAUCAGGACAUGACUUCUAAUUUCUUAACGUUAUCGCUAGGUCAGGGACAGACUCCUAUUGCUACGAGCAUGAUAGAGAUCGGUGCCAGAGAAGGGUUUUGGGUAUUUCUUGUGAAUUGCCACCUCUCGCUCAGUUGGAUGCCCAAGCUCGAUAAAAUCGUGGAAGCGCUCAGUUCCAGCCAAACUUUACAUCCAAGAUUUAGAUUAUGGCUUAGUUCAAGUCCGACUCCUGAGUUUCCUAUAUCGAUUCUUCAAGCUGGGAUAAAAAUUACUACCGAACCACCAAAAGGAUUAAAAGCGAACAUGAAGCGCCUUUACAGUUUAAUCACCGAAACGCAGUUCGACUUGUGCCAAGAAAAGUCUAAAUAUAAAAAGCUGCUGUUCACGCUGAUCUUCUUUCACUCUAUUCUUCUAGAACGGAAGAAAUUCCAACAACUCGGUUGGAACGUGGUCUACAGCUUUAACGAUUCCGAUUUCGAGAUUUCUGAGAACUUGCUGCAAAUUUACCUGGACAAAUAUCCAGUCACACCAUGGGAAUCUUUGAAAUAUCUCAUAGCAGGUGUCUGUUAUGGUGGUCAUGUGAUCGACGAGUGGGAUCGCCGGUUGUUGAUGACAUACAUCCAGCAAUAUUUCACAGAAAACGUCUUAACUACUUCCUAUUAUCGUUUGUCAUCAUUGACCACCUAUUACGUGCCUCGCGACGGCUCCUUAGAGUCUUACCGCGACUUUAUCGCGAUUCUGCCGAAUAUCGACAGGCCAGAAGCGUUUGGUCAGCAUCCAAACGCGGAUAUCACUUCUCUAAUAAUGGAAGCUAGAAAUAUGUUUCAAACUCUAAUAAGUCUUCAGAUACAGACGGUCAGCAGCGAAAUGGAGGAGGACAAGGAGAAAAAGGUAAUACAACUUGCGAGCGAUAUUCUCUCAAAAAUACCGAAAACAAUCAAUUAUGAAAGAACAAAGAAACUGAUAGAGUCACAUAAAACACCUCUAAACGUGGUGCUUCUUCAAGAGAUUGAACGAUAUAACGAACUAUUGAUAAAAACUUGCGACAGUCUUAAGGAACUUCAACGUGGAAUUAAGGGAUUAGUGCUAAUGUCGCAAGAGUUAGAAGAAAUCUACACAUGCAUAUACAACGGAAGAGUACCGUCUCUAUGGUUGACCACGUAUCCGUCUUUGAAACUGCUUGGCGCCUGGACGAGGGAUCUAAUCAAUCGAGUCGAGCACUUCGCCAAUUGGGCUCGAACUACUCAUCCGCCAUUGCUCUUCUGGUUAGCUGCGUAUACAUUUCCAACUGGAUUCCUUACUGCGGUACUACAAACUUCGGCGAGACUGUGGAACGUAUCUAUCGAUUCGUUGUCGUGGGAAUUUACUGUCUUCUCAAUGGACGAGUCUACUAUAAUCGAGCCGCCAGUGGAAGGCGUAUACAUACGAUCCAUUUUUCUGGAAGGUGCUGGCUGGGAUGAAGAAAAUAGCAUUCUUAUCGAGCCCGCACCUAUGCAACUUAUAUACAACAUGCCGGUGAUUCAUUUUCAACCCGUCCAGCAAGUUAAAAAGAAAGUUAAAGAGUUCUACAGCUGUCCUUGUUAUUAUUAUCCCCAGAGGAGCGACGACCAAAUGAGAUCUGCGUUCGUAAUUGCUGUAGAUCUUAAAGCUGGAACACAAGGUUCGGACUUCUGGGUGAAACGCGGAACUGCGCUUUUAUUGAGCUUAGCCGUAUAA